GGUGUUCAUGUGUGUGUGUCAGAGAGAGAGAGAGAGAGAGAGAGAGAGAGAGAGAGAUUAUAGCUAUAAAUGCUCCUGGAGAAGCUCAGACACACUCACAGUUGGAAGAUGAUCCUCCUCAUGCUGCUUCUCGCCGCCGCUGGGUGUGGCCAUGCACACAGCGUUAAGGGCCAGGAGAAAAACGGUGCAUGUGUGUGUGAUGUGAACAGCUCGACCUGGGCUUUUCCUGCUGCCAAGUAUGACUCCGUGUCAGAACUGGUGCAAAAGUGCCAACACUCACUGCAGAAACUUCAAACUCAGACGAUGGCGGGUAUGAAGACGGUGCCUGAGAUGGAGUCGACACUGAGUAAUGUGACUCAGAGGCUGGAGAGGUUCCAGUACCUGAACAAUCAGGGUCUGUACAACGCCCUGCACCUGAAUCAGCUCAGUCAGGAGAUCCAGCAGCUACAUGACACCAUGAAUGAUGCACAUCUGGGUACAGUUGGAGGGGAAGCACAGCGCAUACGCACGGAGUUGCAGACGUUUCAGGAAGAGGUGGAUAUGAUGUACAAGAACAAUAUCUUCAACCUAGAAACAAUAAGAGAGAAGUUACGCUCUCUCAAUAACCGUGCCCAGACCUGCAGGUCCAUUCCACAAGACUUCAGGAGCACUUGUUCUCAGCGCAUGAUGAGAAAUGUUAGUGCGCCGGUGGUCACUAAGCUGAACCCAUUCAGUACAUCCUUUAUUGCUGGAGCAUGGGGUUAUGACACUGAUCUUAAUGGUGAAGAGACAUAUUGGAUCCAGCCGCUAGCUAACGGGCACAGGUUGGGCAUUACGGUGCGCUUCUACAAGACCUACGAGGACUUCAUGGCUGGAAGGAACCACAGAGAUGAAGCACUAGUUAGCUCAUACACUCAUGCUAAUGCGAUUCAGGGUCCAGGCACCAUCGUUCACAAGGGUGUUGUGUAUUAUCAGUGCUAUAACGUGCCUGAACUCUGUGCCUACGAGGUGACAAGCAAGCAAUUCCGACGUCUCGCACUUCCUGAUGCUGGAUUCAACAACAAAUUUCCCUACUGCUAUUACAACUGUUUGGACUGGACGGAUAUCAGCAUCUCAGCAGAUGACACAGGCUUGUGGGUAAUUUACGCCACAGAAGCUAACCACGGGAACAUAGUCGUGAGUCGGGUGGACACCGAAGGCUUCAACAUAACACACACGUGGAAGACACGUCUGUUCAAGCGUUCAGUGACCAACGCCUUCAUGGUGUGUGGCGUGCUUUACGCAACUCGCUACAUAAGCACGUAUAAAGAGGAAGUGUUCUACGCCUUUGACACCACCACUGGGUUGGAGGAGAACACACUCUCGAUCCCCAUGGAGAAGGUGGCAGCGGGCGUCGCUAACCUUCACUACAACCCCAAAGACAUGAGGCUGUACAUGUACAACGGUGGCUACAUGCUCGCCUACCGAGCUUACUUCUGAAACGCUAGAUCAGAAUACGCAAUAAAAGGUAGAUUUAGAAAAUAAUUCUCAGUAUCGCAGAAAAUCGUAGUGAAAUCCUGCCAACUGUAAGUUGAUCAAGUAUCUUUAAUUGUUAGAAAAGGCAUUUUCUGUCAUAGUGUACAGACCAAGAUAAAAAAAAAAAUCUAAACCUUAUGUAUGCACCUUAGUAAUGCUUCAUUAAUGAGAAAUCAAUCUUUUGUGUGGAAUUAUGGCUGUAUGUAUAAUACUAUAAACUAAUAAAUACCAGAUGUUUUACAUUUAAA